AAUGUUUUAAUUAUAAUGAUAAUAAUAAUAAUAAUUUAUUUAACAUUUAGUAAACAAGAUGUAAAUAAAACGAUAACUGAUAAUGAAAAUAUUCAACGUUCAUUUGGUAUCUAUAAAAAUGAUGAUAAUGAUGGUUAUAAUGAAUUUGGUCUAAAAACCUGGUAUCCAACAUUCGAUAUAAUGAAAACAUUUACUUAUAUAAAAUGUGGAAAUGAUUCAAACAUAAUGGAUGAUACAGUAUCAUUUGCUAUUAUUAUGAAUCGUAUUUAUCAAUUUAAAAUAUCAAGAUAUCCUGAUUCAUUGGCAUAUCUAGAUGUUAUAAUGUAUAAGGAUGUACGACAAAGAUAUUCAACAGAAUUAAAUCGUUUUUAUCUAAUUGAUGGUUAUCGUGCUUGUGUUAAUGACAUUAUACCGAAAUUUCCUAUAACUGGUAAUUUUGAAAUGCGAUUCAAUAGUCUGGAUAAAAGCUAUCCAAACGAACGAAAAAAACAUCUAACAGUAUCAUUAAUAUGGAAUAAAAGCAAAAGUUUUAUAUUAUUUUCACGUCUUCGUUUAUGUUGUAAUCGUUUUUGGUUUUAUUCUGCAUUUCAAUCCGAAAUGAAUGGUAAAUCAGAAAAUCUAAAAUAUUAUUGUGAUUAUCUAUCAAUAAAACCAAAACAAGAUAUUCAUCUUAUAUCGAUUACAUUCGGUAAUCAGGUAUUAAAUUUAGCACAUGAACUUGGUAAAGAUCAAAUAAAAUUAUUAGAUUAUAAUAUAACAAUGCAAAUAUCAUCAUUAUGUUUUGGUGAACAAUCAACAAAAACAUUAAAACAAAUAUCAUCAACACAGAAAUGUAAUUAUUAUAAAAAUGAUUAUAGAAUAAUGACCGAAUCAUUAAUUAAUUUAACUAGAACAAUUGAUUAUGGUUUUACAUUGAUAACCGAUUUAAUUUUUGUAUCACGUGAAAAAAAUUUUGUAUUAAUUGUUGAUCAAAAUCUUUUACGUACAUUUAAUCAAGAAUAUUCAUAUAAAAUUCGAGAUAUAAAUGAUUUUUUUGUUUCAAAAAAAAAAAAUCUUUGUUUCACAUAA